UUACACCUCAGCCAGUUCCGUCUCCUCCAAGCCACAGCCUUCAGUGAGAGGAAGCUCGGGUUUGUGGUUCCUGAUUUGUCUGAGAAGAAGCAGUAGGAUGGAGAAUGAGGCCAGUGGAAGUUCUGGCUUCCCACUUCCACGCCACUGACACUUCUGAGGGGAUGAAGGGCCUGGAUUGGUGUUUCCAGUACCCAUGUCCUCACCUGUGGCUAUUGUACUGUGGUCAUGUGUCAUGCAGCUUUCUGUGAAUUCAUUAAGAACAGAGGCUGCGGUAUCUCUAGAGCCCUGCAUGGGGAGCAGGAUCCUUGUCUCAUUGGUUGAGUGAGCUAGGAAGAACACAAGAGGAGGGCGUAUUUCAAACAGCGAUCCUAAUGACUGGUGGUUGAAAAGAACCGGUAGAAAUGGGCACAGGCUGCUAGAAGCCAUUCCCACAGAGGAAUGGGCUUGAUGAAGAAUGGUCAAGAUGCUGCCCUACCACCGAGAGGAAGGCAAGCGAGGGGAGCAGGAAAGAAGCUGAAGUCUCCUGCGCCAUGACUAGUACUGGCAGAUUUGGUCGGCGACAGGAGUGCCGCUUUUCACAGCGCUACUUGUGGUUCCCACCGCUCCAGUUCAAACCAGUGCUUCCCUUGAACUCUCCUUUUCUCACUCGCCGAAGUUUGGGAAGGCCAAAGGCGAAAAACAGGACCCGGAAGUAGGGGGAACCUUCUAAGCACGUGAUGGGAGAGGCGCUGGCUCUGACACGUGACCCUCCAACCUACUACUCUACCUUGCAGAGAGCUCAGCUGCUCUUAAAGACAGCUGGACCCGGGGCUGACCGCCUGGCGUUGAUCCUUCGCACCCACCUGCCCCAGACUUUUAUCUGUUCUCUUGAAGCCAAUCCCGAACUCACGCUGACUCUGGGUCCUUUGGGGGACUAGAUAGAACUCGAUGCUAUGGAAAGCUCUACGGGCUCGUGGAGGCGCCUUGAAGAUUCCGAGAGGGAGGAGACCAACUCAGAGCCCCACGCCCCUCCGGUGGAUGGUCAGAGGGCCCAAUGGAAGAAUGCGGUGGGUUUCUGGAUCCUGGGUCUUUGCAACAAUUUCUCAUAUGUUGUGAUGCUGAGCGCUGCCCAUGACAUCCUUAAGCAAGAGCAGGCGUCUGGGAACCAGAGCCAUGUGGAGCCAGGCCCAACACCCUUACCUCACAACAGCUCGUCUCGAUUUGAUUGCAACUCCAUCUCCACGGCUGCAGUGCUCCUGGCAGACAUACUUCCUACCCUCAUCAUCAAACUCCUGGCUCCUCUUGGCCUUCAUUUGCUGCCCUACAGUCCCCGGGUCCUCGUCAGCGGAGUUUGUUCUGCUGGAAGCUUUAUCCUGGUUGCCUUUUCUCACUCAGUGGGGUUAAGCCUGUUUGGAGUGGUUUUGGCCAGCAUCUCCUCAGGUCUAGGGGAGGUCACCUUCCUCUCACUCACCGCCUUCUACCCCAGUGCUGUGAUCUCCUGGUGGUCCUCGGGGACUGGGGGUGCAGGGCUCCUUGGAUCGCUGUCUUACCUGGGACUCACGCAGGCUGGCCUUUCCCCGCAGCACACCCUGCUUUCUAUGUUGGGGAUUCCCAUUCUGCUGCUGGCCAGCUACUUCUUGUUGCUCACAUCUCCUGAAGCCCAGGACCCUGGAGGGGAAGAUGAAGCAGAGACUGCUGCCCGGCAGCCACUCAUAGGUUCUGAGACCCCAGAGUCAAAUCCAGGUUUCAGCUGGGACCUCUCGUUCCAGGAACGGUGGAUAGUGUUCAAGGGCCUCUUGCGAUAUAUCACCCCCUUGGUGCUGGUUUACUUUGCCGAAUAUUUCAUCAACCAGGGUCUUUUUGAGCUCCUGUAUUUCCGGAACACAUCCCUGAGUCACGCUCAGCAGUACCGAUGGUACCAGAUGCUCUACCAGGCUGGUGUGUUUGUCUCCCGCUCUUCUCUGAACUGUUGCCGAAUCCGGUUCACCUGGGUCCUAGCCUUGCUGCAGUGCCUCAACCUGGCCUUUCUACUGGCUGAUGUUUGUUUGAGCUUCCUGCCCAGCAUCUACCUCAUCUUCAUCAUCAUUCUGUAUGAAGGGUUCCUGGGUGGGGCCGCCUACGUGAACACCUUCCACAACAUUGCUCUAGAGACCAGUGACAAGCAUCGAGAGUUUGCCAUGGAGGCUGCCUGUAUCUCUGACACCUUGGGAAUCUCCAUGUCAGGGGUCCUGGCUUUGCCUUUGCAUGACUUCCUCUGCCAUCUCCCUUAACAUGGGUUGUUCAGGACUCACUGACCUGCAGACAGAUGAGAUACACUUGUGAGCUCUGCUCUAGCCCUUCCUAGCAGGCUGGGGAGUGGGAAGAGCUACAGUCCUGCCACGCUUCAGCAAGGAGCCCCCAUUGUUUCCCACCCCUGAGCUGGUCUCUGGGAGUUUUCCCUCAGCCUCAUGCCCUUCUAAUAAAUGCUUAUUUUAUCAGUUUA